AAUAAUAAUAUGUAUGUUAAUGCGGCGGCCUGGCGGUCGUAAAACCGCGCGAGAAAUGACAAUGUAUAUAUAUUAUUAUUGUUAUUAUUAUUAUUAUAACGCGGGUAUAUGGGGUGGUUUCUCUAUUGUCACCAAGGGUCCAAAAGGCAUAAAUAAUGGCUAGAACUCCUCCACCGCGCCACGCACCACCCGCAGCAAUCCCGUCCCGAAAAGUCUAUUAGGACUCGGGAUGUGUGUGUGUGCGCGUACACCGAGGGGACCGGAAUAUAUGAAUUAUAGAUCUUAUUAAAUCGGUAACGACCUUUUUCCCCGCCACCGUUUCGCUAGUGUCCGAGAGACGAGCCCGAUGGCGUAUGUUGUGGUUAAACAAACAAAUAGCUUAUAUUAUGUAGGUCCCGGGGAAAAUGUGAAAAAAAAAAAAUACUGGUAUAAUGUAAACAUUAAACAUCUGAUUAUACGAUACGUCGCCGGCGACGGCGGCUUGACAACAAUGCGCAGGGACCGGAUAAACUGUACGUUAUAUAAUAUUGUUUAUUAUUAUAUUUUCGACGGUGAUUAUUCAGCGAUAUGUGUGUUAUACGCAUAUAAUCAUCGUUAUUAUAUUAUUCCGAUUUUUUUCGUAUCCAUACCCUACAAUAAUAUAAUAUCGUCGUAUCAUGCCGACCAGUAGUUCGAUCGCGGCAAUCGACCCGGGGCUACCGUCGGAUCCGAUCGUACGACCCAAAGUCAUAUGGAAGACCCGCCAAAUCGCACUGGAUAUAAACGAUCGUGAAUUAUACGUCAAGCUAACAAUCAAAGAACUAGUAGCCUACGUCGUGUUUUUUGUAAUUUUCUUCACCUCAUGUUCCAGUCUCUACUCAUACGAGACGUUCGUGGUUAAUAGAGAAAUAUCAUCGUUAUUCGUGGAACCUACUUUUUCGACUUAUUCGGACAACGAUUACGACGUAUCUCUCAAAUUCGAUGACAUCAUCACCAUGUCGCACUUUUGGCAGUACUUUCACAGCGUAUUGUGCGACAAAUUGUACGAAAUUCCCACAGGCGUCGAAAAGGAAAACGGUACCGAAUUACUGUACGAAAACAAAUUUCUGUUCAGACCCAGAGUGAGACAGGUCAGAGUCGAAGAAGGACACUGUGCAAUCCGAAAUCAAUUCAAAGGAUUGUUCCAGGACUGCUAUGUCCCGUACGAUACUAAAUAUGAAGACAAAACAAGUUUUGGACCAAAAAAAGGAACACCAUGGGUGCAUAGUGACGGAUCGAAGACUCAGGGCGUGUUCUACCAAGGCGAAAUCGCGUCCUACGGACCCGGCGGAUUUUAUUUCGAUUUUCCAAAGAAUAAAAUUGACGCGAAAACGAAAAUCAGUGACCUCGAACACGACACAUGGUUGAAUCGCGGUACCAGAGCCGUUUUUGUAGAUUUCGCUAUUUACAACUGCAACAUUAACGUGGUUUGUGCUGUCAAAUUAGUUUUUGAAUUUCCUGCAUCCGGCGGUAUCGUCUCGUCGUCUUCGUUUCGGACCGUCAAACUCUACAGGUACGCUGUAGCCGAUUCGGUGUUAACGUUGAUUGGCAUGCUCGCCGCCGUCGGGUUCAUCAUUUAUUUCACGGUGGAAGAAGUAUUCGAAAUCAUGUAUUUUAAAAAGGACUACAUAUAUGUGUUCUGGAACUAUAUCGAUUUCAGCAUCGUGGCCUUAGGAUGGUGGGCCAUCGGUGUGGCGUUGAUGAUAUUAUUCAAGGAGAGAUCGUUAUCGGGUAGUAGCCCGAAGAGUGCGAUCGCGAAAACCGUGACGAAUCGCAUGUCCGUGGAGUUCCUGGUAGCAAGACACGAAAAUCUUGUAACACUGACAGCUUACUUGUUCUUCUUCGUGUGUGUCAAAGUCAUCAAAUACACCGACCUGAACAGAUCAAUGACCAUUGUAUACUUAAGUGUAGGCAGGUGCUUCAAAAUCGUCGCAGGAUACUUGGUGAUAAUGGUUUUUGUCGUAAGCGCGUUCGCGACUCUCGGUUAUUUCGCAUUCGGAGCACAGGUAAAAGGAUUUUCGACCAUGUACGAUUCCGUUCUUUCGUCACUCAGAAUACUGAUGAGAGACUUCGACUACCGGACACUUCAAGACGCAGACGCUUGGUUUACCACAUUUUUCUUUGUAUUUUUCACGUGUGUGGUGAUAUUUGUUCUCUUGACGAUGCUUGUGGCGAUUGUGUUUCACGCGUACUUCGACGUGGACGUAGAACAAUCGUUGGAGGGCCGACAACCGUACGUGAGUGACAAAGUAUCAGCGUUCGUAGACCGCAUAAUAGCCAAGAUAGGUUUCAACAAAUGGGCUGAGAAACGUCGCUCCGACCGACUAAAAGACGAACUGGAUCGCCGCAUUACCUAUCAAGAUGUUUAUAAGACACUGAAACGUUGUGGUUUUACGAACUCUGAAGUGGAAAAAAUUCUCAAUAAAUACGGAAUCGAACCACAAAAGACAGUACAUGAAGACGAAGCCAGACAAAUGUUCCGAGACGUGCUGAAAAACGAUCAGGAAUUGAGUAAUAAAGAUAUUGAAGACAAUACUGGUGGAUCAGAUAUCAAAUGGUUGAUUAAGAGAGUAGAUCUACUUGAAAAUGCAUUAGACGACGUUCAUAAGAAAUGCGAUAUUGUCAUAGCACGUCUGGAUGCAAUAAGAGUUAAAUUACCAUCCAAUUACGCAGAACAAAAUCUUAAGGAUAACCCUUCUUGAAUUCGUAAUUACUAUAAGAAUUUUUAUUCUUUACAACAAUUUAUUUUCACCAUACUGUUCUUUUCCAAUAUAACCUAUUUAAUUAUAACAACCAAUAGUCUAAGAAACAUUAAUAAAUAAAUCAAUUAUUAUACAUGAAACGUAUAAUAUAAUGUUUUUUAAAUGUGCUAUUUAUCACUACGGUCUACUCAAAGUAAUUGUUGUUGCUUAAACUUGUGGAGUACUAGAUUUAUCUAAGCAAGAUCAAAAAUACUGGAUCUAUCCAACAAGUUUAAAUCACGAAAGAUCAAACAAAUUUAAUGUAUUUUAUAAAAAAAAAAAUAAGGUGUUAUUCCGAAAAACUGUUUGAGUAUUACAGAAUGUCAAUUGGUUCUUUUUACGAGCUAUUAAAAAUAAUCCACUAAUCUCUCGAACCAACUAUAUAAAGCAAUAAUAUAAUAAUCCAAAAUUAUAAUAGUAUAUUAAUUGGUCUAAUCGCAAUCGUAAUAAUUUGUUUUUCUAUUUAUUUCGUAGCAUUAUUUAUUAUUUCCUUAUCACGCGUUAUUAGUUGAAUUGUACCUAUGCAUUGUAAUUUAUAUUAUAAAUGUGUCACAAGACAAACUCAUAAAUAUCUAGGUAAUUGCUACUGCUACAUGUUAUACGUUAAUAAUUUUAAACUCUUGUUUAAUACAAUAUAAUAUUUUGGUUUAAAAUGAAUAUCGCAAAGAUAAAUGUUGGAAGAUGGAAACUGCUCGUGAAAAAUAAAAAAUAAAGAUAGGGAAGUUUCAGUGCGGGUACUGCUCUGUUGUACGUAGGUAUAUUAGGUGUUGGGUGGAUCAAUAUUAUUAUAGAUAUAUUAAAUUUGAAUUGAACAGUAUAUUAUAAUUGUAUACGAAAAGCAAUU